AUGGGCUUCAAAGUGGGCAAGCGAAAACCACAUCCAAGACGAGUCGGGCCCGAACAGAGGUCGGCGGGCUGCGGAUGUGCUUCUCUGUUUCUCGAGGAUGAAUAUGUCGAGUCGAAUUGUACUCCGGUGGUCUGCCAAAAGAAACGUCUCGAGGCUGGGCCGACACCUGCGACUUUGGGUUCGAGUCCUUCUUCGGAGGUCCAUUUCCUUCUCGACAAUGCCGCCAGACAGGAGUGCUCCAAGGGCUCUAUUCACUGA